AUGAUUGGUUUGCGAUUAGAUCAAGCAACACUAGACAAUUUGCUUGUUCCAUCUCCGGUCCGGGCACAUUACCUGUACGAUGUAAAUCUUGUUAUUAGGCUCGUGAAAUCAUUUCUUGCCAAAGGAGUAUGGUGUUUGCCAUUGAGUCGACUGAAGAAAGUGGCUAGCUUAGUAGAUUUAUAUAUAGCUGAAGUAGCUCCCGAUCCUCACCUGAAACCAUCGAAGUUCUUGGCUCUAAUUAGGGCCCUGCCGGACUCUACUAGAGACUCUUUUGAUGGAAUCUACCAUUCCGUAGAUUUGUAUCUAGAGACAGAUUUCUUGUCUGAAGAACAAAAAAUGAGCGUCUGUAGUGGACUAUAUUACGAGAAACUAUCAUCCGAGGCCUUAAACCUCCUCUCUUCAAACACAAAAUUCCCAUCAAAAUCUGCAGUCGGAGCCCUUAACUUUCAGCAGCGCAGACUCAAAAACUUGCUUCAACGCACAAACCAACCAAAUAGCUUUACCAACUCUCCCAUUUUUAACGAAACAGAGCGCACAGAGAGGAAAGACGAAAGCUAUGAUGAAAUUGUGCUUUAUGCAGGAAAUCUCGAUUUCUCAAUUGAGAAUGAGAGGAUCAGAGCACAUUUACAAGACAUGGAGAGUGCUGGAAUUGGAAAAGUUUUGCAGGAAAAUGCAAAUUCAGAUGACAAAGAUGAUGAAAUCAAGAUUAUCAAACCAAAGCAAUGCUAA